CGACGCGGAAGCCAGCCAUAGAGUUUAGUGGCCAGAGCGACUCUGCAGGGAGGUGGCAGGAAAGGCUCGGAACUGCUGCCGGAGGUGACGGAGCUCCGGCCCCGCCCGGUGUGCUGGAAGACGAAGCUUCUAGGUAGCGGCCCGCAGAGUCUGACCCAGAGUACGACGGGGCAGUAGCCGUGAGCCCACGGUCCCUGGGCGGCCUCUUUAAGGGAGGGGGCGGAGCCACGUGGAAGGAGCUUGCGGCUCCAGAUAUCCUGAGCCCAGGUCCCCCCAGCUCAGUGCAGCCAUGAGUGCCGAGGUGAAGGUGACAGGGCAGAACCAGGAACAAUUUCUGCUCCUGGCCAAGUCGGCCAAGGGGGCAGCGCUGGCCACACUCAUCCACCAGGUGCUGGAGGCUCCUGGUGUCUACGUGUUUGGGGAACUGCUGGAUAUGCCUAAUGUUAGAGAGCUGGCUGAGAGUGACUUCGCUUCCACAUUCCGGCUGCUCACAGUGUUUGCUUACGGGACAUAUGCUGAUUACUUAGCUGAAGCCCGGAAUCUUCCCCCGCUCACAGAGGCUCAGAAGAAUAAGCUUCGGCACCUAUCAGUUGUCACCCUGGCUGCCAAAGUCAAGUGUAUCCCAUAUGCAGUGUUGCUGGAGGCCCUCGCCCUGCGUAACGUGCGGCAGCUGGAAGACCUUGUCAUCGAGGCAGUGUAUGCCGACGUGCUCCGCGGCUCCCUGGACCAGCGCAACCAGCGACUGGAGGUUGACUACAGCAUUGGGCGGGACAUCCAGCGCCAGGAUCUUAGUGCCAUUGCUCGAACCCUACAGGAGUGGUGUGUGGGCUGUGAGGUCGUGCUGUCAGGCAUCGAGGAGCAGGUGAGCCGCGCCAACCAGCACAAGGAGCAGCAGCUGGGCCUGAAGCAGCAGAUCGAGAGUGAGGUGGCCAACCUUAAAAAAACCAUUAAAGUUACAACAGCAGCAGCUGCCGCAGCUACAUCUCAGGACCCUGAGCAGCACCUGACUGAGCUGAGGGAACCCGCCCCUGGCACCAACCAGCGCCAGCCCAGCAAGAAAGCCUCAAAGGGCAAGGGAAAUGCUAAAGAAAGUUCAUCAGACAGAAGAAAAAUGGUGACUGAGGAAACAGGACAUCAAGAAGGAAGAGAAACAGAUCUGCUUCAUGUGUCUCAGACGGCUCAGACACUGGGUUGACCUCUUGGCUGGAGAACACUGACCUCUUGGAGAGAAUUGUCCAGAACCUGCAAGAUCCCCAGGUGGCAGGUGACAGCACAUGAAGAGGAUGGGAUGGAUGCUGAGGUUAAGGGCUGUGGGGAGGGGGGGCGGGGGUGGGUAGCAUCUUAUUCCUAUGCAAAAGAUAAGGAUCUCAGAGAAGAAAAGAAUCAUAAAAGGCAGAGAAAGGGCAAGGAACUCUGAGUACUAACUUAUUUCAUCUCAAUCCCAGGGAUAGUCCAGAGCGGGGAUGGUGGGGAAGCAGGGGGAGGAGUAGUACUGAGCCCAGAGGGAGAAGUAUUACAUGCCUGUCCUGGUCUCCCUAGAGUUACCAUUUCAGGGUGGACAUUGAGGAUGGGAAGGCCCAGAGCGUCAGCCCUCUCUGCCUACCUUCCAUAGCAGCUCUGCUGGCCUUUGGCAUCCCGGGCCUCUCGAGUGCACUCCUCUCCCGCCAUGCCAGCUGUGGUCCUACAGUCUCUCCCCAGGGACAGAGGCUAGUUGGGACACUGCUUAGGAGAACCAGGUACCCAACUUCCCUCCCUGUGCCCCCAGUUCUUCACCUCCCCAGCUUCUAGCAGCCUCACCUAGAUCCCACCUCUCCUAUCUGAAGACCCCAGUGACGUCUAAGAGGGAGAGAAGUAAAGGCUACUUUUUUCUUAGCCCUAUCCCAACUGGAAUGGCCUGGGAGAAGGAGAGCUUGGCCCUUGCGGCUCUCUCAGCCCUUGGGAGGACUCAGGCCCAGGUUGGGGAGCAUCAGGGCGGGGCAGGUGCAUGGAGUAUUUAAGUGGACUUGGACUACGUGGGCUGGGAGACUGAAAUACUGCGUUUUUCUUGUGGAUCAGCUCCUGGUUCUCUGGGUAACUGGUUUGUGACUUGGGCUUUGGAUUGCAGGACAGAGGAAGGGGGCAUGAGGUAGAAGGGGAGGAGGACCCAAGGUUUUUUGUUAGUCAAGGACAGAAAACAACCCAAACUGCAAGCAGGGCUGGGUCAGAGUCGCCAAACCUUUGUUUCUACUUGUUAGUCUGUAAAGUUGAGGCACGAUGGGACCCGUGGGUGGCUCAGUCAUUAAGCAUCUGCCUUCUGCUCAGGUCUUGAUCCCGGGGUUCUGGGAUGGAGUCCCCAUCAGGCUCCCUGCUCUCUCUGCUUGCUGCUCCCCCUUCCUGUGCUCUCUCUUUCUGUCAAAUGAAUAAAUAAAACCUUGAAAGAAAAAAAAAAGGAUCAAGACAGAAUAAUCUGGGAGAAAUCAGUCAUUUAUAUCCCAUAUACUGUGUCAAAUGCUUUCUCUGUACUAAUUCACAGAUUUCUCACUCUUCUGCAGUAUGGACCCAUGUCCCCAGCGCCAUCAGCACCUAGAAAGGCCCAUUUUACAAAGUGGGAAACUGAUGUUGAGAGAUUAAGAAUCUCUCCCGUCAGAGCUAAGUGGUAGAGCCGGGUCUUGCUCAUGCCAGGGGGUAUUCAUCAUUUCACUCCUCUAGAUAAUUCAUUCCCCCAAGCCAUACAGGAAAAUAAUGAGUCUGACCAUAUCCCCUGGAUGAACGGAUGGCUGUUGUGAAUGAGGCCAGGGCCCAGUUGGAGAGCUGACCAGAAAUAAAAUGUCAGCUUCCUUCCCGAGAGUUCCUUCCCUCUCUGUCCCCUGGGCCUCACCCCACAAUGGCAGACAGGUCAGGAAGUGCCAGGGGGCUGGUUCUUGAGCCCCUCACUUGGUCUUGGUGGCUGCUGCUAACUGAUUCCCCACAACCUAUCCCUCCCUACUCACUAGUCACAGGCCCUAGGAAUGAGUGCUGGGCUGAAGGGUGGUCCUCACCCAAGAGCAGGGAGUAGAGGUGAAAACGAGUUCAUGUGUCUAAAAGCCAGGACCUACUCGGCAGAGCUUGGGAAACACUUGGGUUGACUCACCUAGAUUGAGAUCAGGGCAACCCUUGCCCUGCUUCAGCCCCCACUGAGAACCAUGCCCGUGAGUGUGGGCACUGUGACUGAAAUCCAGGUUGGCAGGCCGGGCAUGAACUAUAGCCUGAGGUUUUCUAGGUAGUAGGGAACUUCGGAGCGGAGGCCCAGGGAAGUGGAGGACCUGCCCAAGACCACUCGGCUGGGUUGGCGGCGCAGGUAAGGACCCAGUCUCUUGGCAUCCUUUACAGGGCUCACACUCUUUCAAUGGUGGGCCCCUCAGGAGACUGAGGAGAGCGUUCCCACUCCCAGAAGUAAAUCUGUCUAUUCAGACAGAGCCCAGGGGACCCCCUCAGACUGAGGGCUGUGCUCACUGAGUCCCAGCCAACAUCUAUAAUUCAGCAACCCAGGUGAAGAUGAAUUCUCUCUACAGGCACCCACCCUCCGACACACACACACUUUUCCAAAGUUCACACCACACCACUUCACUUUUAAAAAAGACCAGCAUUAAUACUAGUUUUGGCUAACACAAAGAAAUAUGGAUAUUUGCUUUUAUGAGACAAAGUGGAAACAGCUCUCAGCGUUUCUUCUGCAGCAAUUUAGGUCCCACUGAGCUCCUGCCCCCGGAGUUCUGCUCAGCUCCCCGCCUCUGGCCUAGCUUUGAACUGCCUGGGAGCUCUAUUUUGUGCGUCCCUUAGCGAGAUGGUUUCAGCAAAAUUCAAGAGGUUAUUUCGGGUCUGGCAAUGCUCGAGCUUUUCCAUGUCAGGUAAUGGUAAUCUGUUCACUUUGUUCCAUUUCACCUUACGAAAGGUUUCACAGGAACGUUCUGCUUUUGGAUAGUGGGGGGUGGGGUACCUGUACCUGUUUGACUUCUGAGAUUGCUGGGUUCUCUUAGCUGUAGGAUUGGUUCCCUUAACCCUGCUCAUGCCUCUUCACCAGCCCCAUUUAAUGAGAUUUUGGUACCUGCCCUGAGAUACCAAGUCAGUGCUUGGUUGUCACACUCAGCUUCAUCCCUCUGUAGUCAGCAACCAGACAGGUCUCUGGAGUCUGUUUCUUCACAGAGGACAUGGAAAGAUCCUCCCUUCCUUGAGAAGAGCCAGAGUCUUGAGUUGUGUGUUGAGUGUGUGUGUGUUUGUUGUCUAUGUAAGCUCUUCAGCCAGCGUGGGGCCUGAACUCACGACCCAGAGAUUGAGAGUUGCGUGCUCUACUAAGCCAGCCAGGCACCCCUAUUGUCCCCCCCCCCCUUUUUUUUCCCACUUUACCAUAGACUGAAAAGAACUGAAGAUUUUUAUAAAAAAGAAACCAUCAUCAGCCCUUUAUGAGCAUUGACCAUCUUUAAGUAAGUUCCCAAGAACAGAAUGACCCAUUUGGCCACGCCAGGUCAAGCGAGAGUGAACAUCUUGAGAAAUUUGAGCACCUCAUGCCCUUUCAGCACCGCUCAGGUUCCAGAUUAGUUUUCUUCUCUGGUCUCCCUCCCUGGGCUCAAAUUCUCAACAACUGAGAGUGGGAGAACAUUGCUGACUCCUAGAUGCCUCCCCACUGAAGGCCUGUGCCUUCCUGCUCCUUACCACAAGCGUUCCCACCCACAGCCCAGGGGCCAAACUCGGCCCGAAGAGUCAAGAGGCAGCAAAACCCUCAGGCACCUAAGAGACUGGCCCUAUGCUCCCCUGGACAUGUGAAGAGACAGCAAAAGCAAGGGAGACAGCCAGCAAGGCCACUGCUAGUGUCUUCACCCACCCGCCCUAGGCCAGCUGACUUCCACAGCUGGUUCCUAUCUGCCAGGCUCUGCCAGGGCCACGGUCAUUACCACUGAGGUACUGGGCUUGAACUCAAGAAGGCCACAUGUGGAGACAAAGGGAAGGCAAGAGGGAACUGGGAGACAGGAGGGUUGAAACUGAACCGGGACAAGAUCAAAAAGUACAGCCAGAAUUCUACUUGGUCUUUUUUUUUUUUUUCCAUUCUCCUUUAUUCCAUAAACACCUAGUUCCAAGUUGCACAAAUCAAAAAAUAAAGGUAAAGAAAGGUGUAGGGAAGAUUUCUGUGAUGUGCUGGGGGAGAAGGGGGGAAGGGUUG